AUGUUGAGUCAUCUUACCCGAGUUGAUGCGUACAAACAUAGGGAUCGAUUGUAUUCGGAAUUCAAUCGCAAGUCCCUUUCAGAUAUGAUGGAAGCACUACUCGGUUACUUGCUCUCACAUUUCGGAUUACAAAGUGCCUCUAUGCUGUUGCUCGGGAAUGUUCCAGAACCACCAAUCAACUCGAGAAGUGUCACAAUACAAAAAGCGUGGCCUAAUCUUUUCAAAUCCGAGCACACUUUGUGGGCAAUGUAUUCACCUGCGGAAACCCCACAGCCAUGUCCUAACUCGUCCUGGUCAGCAGUUGAAAAAGUACUGGGUUAUAAAUUCAAUGUUUCCUCAAACUUCAUCGCAGCACUGACGCAUCGGAGCUUCGUUGCUCAAGACACAUCUGAAACCAACAAAAUCCAUUACGAGCGCCUGGAAUUCUUGGGUGACGCAGUGCUGGAUUUCGUGAUCACUUCACAUAUUUACACAACAAAUAGUGAUUUCAAUCCCGUCUUCACACACAAUUUACAUCAGCGUAUUUCGUUCAAGAAACAAGGCAACGAGGUGAACCUGGUCUGGGUGGCCGCGUCAUCUCGUUUCGGGGAGAUCAUUGAUGAAUUUCUCCGUGUCGUCCACGAUUUCCAUCGCAGCGCUGUAGUCACAUUCUGUGAAGAAAUGCUCGUUUUCCAGAACGUUGCCAUGAAUGUGCACUAA